AGCUUCAUACAUCUUUCUCUAUACUCGAAAAUACGGAGUACAAUCUGAAUCAAUCACAUAGCGAUUAGCGACGAUGGCUCUGCAGGUGUACAGUUUAGCUCCAAGGACCUCGAUACCGUACAAUUCUGUGUCUCCGGCGAUUAUCGCCGCUGCAAAGAGGGAGAGACGGCUGAGGACGAAGGCCAGUUCCGAACCAGAGGCGGCUCCGGCUGCGGCGGCGGGACAAGUUAAGGAGGUAAACAAGGAUACAUUCUGGCCGAUUGUGAAAACCGCCGGCGAUAAGAUUGUCGUCCUUGAUAUGUACACUCAGUGGUGCGGCCCGUGCAAGGUGAUGGCUCCAAAGUUUGAAGAGUUGUCUGAAAAGCAUGAGGACAUUGUGUUCCUAAAAUUAGACUGUAACCAAGAAAACAAGCCAUUGGCAAAGGAGCUUGGGAUAAAGGUGGUUCCCACAUUCAAAAUAUUGAAGGAUGAAAAGGUGAUUAAAGAAGUCACAGGAGCUAAAUUUGAUGAUUUAGUUCAUGCAAUUGAAGUGGCUAGAUCUACCUAAGUAGUAAUUAAUAGUAGUAAAUUUCUACUUUUUCUAUAGAUUUAGGAGAGAGAUAUUGAUGCAAUGAAGUUGAAUAUUUUAAACCAUUUAGCUUGUUGAUAUGAAAGUUUUAUGUGUGAUGAUCUCUCCAUUAAAAGAUUAAAAUGUACUCAA